ACUUCUUUCUUCUGGAAGAAACCAAAGAAAAUUUCGAAACCCUAAGAAGACUCGCUGCUCGAUUUACACCAUGACGAAGAAGAGAAAGCUCGAACCAUCGCAGAAUCAGAUUGAAAUCGAUAAUCAGCUCAAUCAAUCAGGCGGCGAUCACGACGACGAUGAGCCGAUUCAAGAUCUGCUGGAACCGUUCUCCAAGGAACAGCUUCUCGAUCUCCUCAAACAAGCAGCGGAUCACCAUCCCGACGUCGCGAAUCGAAUCCGCGAAGUAGCCGACGAGGAUCCAUCCCACCGGAAGAUCUUCGUGCACGGACUCGGGUGGGACACCACAACCGAAACCCUAAUCGAAGCUUUCAAGCGACACGGAGAGAUCGAGGACUGCAAGGCCGUGUUCGAUAAGGUCUCGGGGAAGUCUAAAGGCUACGGCUUUAUACUGUUCAGGUCUAGGUCGGGUGCUCGCGACGCGCUCAAGAUGCCUCAGAGGAAGAUUGGGAGCCGAACGACGUCGUGUCAGUUAGCUUGUAAAGGACCUGUCUUUAGUGGUGGUGCUCCUGCUCAGGGUUUGAGCACGGAGAGGAAGAUUUAUGUUAGUAAUGUGGGAGAAGAGGUUGAUCCGGAGAAGCUGCUGGAGUUUUUCUCUAGGUUUGGUGAGGUUGAAGAAGGUCCGUUGGGACUUGAUAAGUUUACUGGGAGACCUAAAGGGUUCUGUCUUUUUGUGUAUAAGUCUGCUGAGAGUGCUAAGAAGGCUUUACAGGAGCCGCACAAGACGUUUGAGGGGAAUGUUUUGCAUUGCCAGAAGGCUAUAGAUGGUCCCAAACCAGGCAAGGCGCAGCAGCAAUUCAACAGCAAUAACAAUGGUUACGGUGGUGCGCCUGGUGGUGGUGGUCAUGGGCAUCUCAUGGAUGGUAACCAAGUCAUUGGACAGGCUUUGACUGCUUUGUUAGCAUCGCAGGGAGCUGGUUUGGCGUUUAACCCAGCUAUAGGUCAGGCCUUUAACCCAGGGUUAGCUGGAAUGCCAACUGGUUAUGGUACUCAAGGUAUGAUACCUGGGUACGGUGUACAACCUGGGUUGCAAGGUGGUUAUCAGACUCCACAGCCUGGUCAGGGAGGCAAAGGCAGAGGGCAACAUGGUUUGGGGCAAUACUCUCCUUACAUGGGCCACUAGAUGUAUCAUGUAGCGACUCAGAGCUGACAGGGGCAUAUAUGCUCAGGUGGUUUGGAGCCAAGGCCCUCUCUCCUAUCCGCUUGGGGAGCUGAAGCUGCUGCUCUUGUAUGGGCAAUGAACUGUCUUAGAUAGUCUUGGUUUCAGAGAGGUCUUGAUGCAGGCUGUAAAGGACCAACAACAUGGCCAAGACUAUACAAAGCUUCACAAGAGACAUCCUGGUAGUCUUGAAGAACUUCUCAUUUUAAUUUUCGUGGAAGACAAGCGAAUGAAUCUUGCUGCUGAUCUUAUUGACAAAACAACCUCUUCCUCGCCUACUUCUUUUCGCUAUUGAAUUAUUGUAUCCCCUAUUGGCUUGAGUCCAACCAGUGAUCUGAACUAUAAAGGGAAAGAACCUAUGUUUGUUGUUCUCAGUUCCAACACAGCUAAAAAAUCCCAUGUACUUCAAAAUCUGUCUUCAGACAACACAUUUGAGCUGUGUUUUCUCCAGACAGACGACUAAGAUGUUUUCAGUUAAGUCUUUACAUA